AUGUUAUUGAUUUUCACAUUCAAACGCUUAAUUCUCUCUCUCUCUCUCUCUCUCUCUCUGCUUCUCUCUCUCUCUCACGCAUCUUUUUUUUUCUAUCUGAAUUUAUCAAUAUUUCUUCCUCUUUUCUGCAUUCACCAUUACGCCUAUACUUUAUGUGAUUUUUUGAAUUCUUCGCACUUAAUCUUUCCUGCCCGUAUUUUUUUUUUAUCCACUUUACUAUCAUCUUUCACUUUCACGACAUCCCACCACAGUUUUCCCGCUUAUUUUUGGCUUCAUUCUCUAUUCCUCUUACUUUCAUGGCUUCCCCCUGAACAAUUAAGCGGGCACAAUCCCGUGCACAUUUGUUAUUCAAAAUUCCACCUUUUAAUAUCUAUCUCAUUCUGUGCAUAUCUAUCUAUCCCAUUCUGUGCAUAUCUAUCUAUCCCAUUCUGUGUGCAUAUCUAUCUAUCUAUCUAUCUAUCUAUCUAUCUAUCCCAUUCUGUCUAUCUAUCUAUCCCAUAUCUAUCUCAUCCAUCUGUCCAUCUAUCCAUCCAUCUCAUUCUUUGCAUAUCCAUCUAUCUAUCCAUCUAUCCAUCCAUCCAUCCAUCUAAAUCCAUUCUUCAUGAUCUAUCUAUCUAUCUAUCUAUCUAUCUAUCUAUCUAUCCAUCUAUCUCAUUCCCUUGCAUCUAUCCCAUUCUGUGCAUAUCUAUCUUCCAUCUAUCUAUCUAUCCAUCUCAUCUAUCUAUCCCAUUUUUGCAUAUCUAUCUAUCUCAUUCUGUGGAUAUCCAUCUAUCUAUCCAUCUAUCUCAUUCUUUUUUAUCCAUCUAUCUCAUUCUGUGCAUAUCUCUAUCUAUCUAUCCAUCCAUCCAUCCAUCUAUCCAUCCAUCUCAUUCUUUUGCACAUCUCUAUCCAUCUCCAUCCAUCCAUUCUUCCCAUUCUUUGCAUAUCCAUCCAUCUGUUUUUGUAUCUAUCUAUCUCAUUCUUUUGCUUUCCUCCAUCCUUGCAUAUCCAAUCUAUUUCUCUCAUUCUUUUUAUCUAUCUAUCUCAUUCUGUAUCUAUCUAUCUAUCUAUCCAUCUAUCUAUCUAUCUAUCUUCUAUCUAUCUAUCCCAUUCUGCACAUCCAUCCAUCCCAUCUAUCAUAUCCAUCUUCUAUCUAUCUAUCCAUCUAUCCAUCUAUCCAUCCCAUAG